AUCAUCAGGACUACAGUGAAUAUUGGGCUGGGGAUAGCUGAGAGGAAGCAGAAGUCACUGCAUCCGGCUGGACUUCCGGCAGGGACCCCCAGCUGUUUCUCCAUCCGGAAAGGAGAGUGAGGGUGGCUGGAAGCUAGAGGACACCUGUCCCAGCCGACAGACUGCUGCGGACGGGGACACCCCCACGUGGAUACCCCCGGCCAGGCCCCGCCCUACCUGCUGCGUCCCGCGCCGCGCCCCGCACCCCGCCCGCUGCGACGUGCGUCCACCACCGGAGGCGCCCGCCUGGUCUUCGCAGCGCGGCCGCCCUCACCGCCAUCGCCGCCAUCUCCGCGGGGCCUCGGCGGCCGGGCUGCCCGCCGCGCUGCCUGCACGGACCCGGGGUGUCCGCCAGGGCACGAUGCUAGAAGCUCCACCCCUGCUGUUGGCAGCCUUCUUAUUAGCCCUGGUGCUGCUGGUGCUACUGCUCUUCCAGCAAUACCGUGGCUGGAUUUUUGUCGGCUGGAAUGAAUUGGUCCUGCUGCCCAUCUACAACAUGUUCGUGGGUGACAGCAAGGAGCACCGCAUCCUGCGUUAUGUGCUGCAGCACGCAGUGGCCGGGGACCCACAGAGCGUGCUGGACACCAUCGAUGCCUACUGCUCACAGAAGGAAUGGGCCAUGAAUGUGGGCGACAAGAAAGGCCAGAUUGUGGACACAGUGGUUCGGGAGCAGUGCCCCUCUGUGUUGCUGGAGCUGGGGGCUUACUGCGGCUACUCGGCCGUGCGGAUGGCUCGCCUACUGCCACCCAGUGCCCGCCUGCUCACCAUCGAGGUCAAUCCUGACUACGCCGCCAUCACCCAGCAGAUGCUGGACUUUGCAGGCCUGCAGGACAAGGUAACUGUUAUCAUUGGGGCGUCCCAGGACAUCAUCCCCCAGCUGAAGAAGAAAUAUGAUGUGGAUACGUUGGACAUGGUCUUCAUCGACCACUGGAAGGAACGGUACCUGCCAGACACACUCCUCCUGGAGGAGUAUGGCCUGUUACGGAAGGGGACAGUGUUGCUGGCUGACAACGUCAUCUUCCCAGGUGCACCGGAUUUCCUGGCACACGUGCGCAGGAGCAGCCGCUUUGAGUGCACUCACUUUUCCUCUUACCUGGAGUACUCCGAGUUGGUGGAUGGCCUGGAGAAGGCCGUCUACAUGGGCCCGGGCAGCCCGGCACAGCCUUGACUGCCUACCCUGCUCUGGGGCCCCUCACCAAACCUGGUUAAGAAGGGCGGAAGGGAUGUGCUUCUGCCAACCCCGCUUCUGCAAUUCUGGGGUCUGUCCUCAGUGCAGCACGCCUGAGACCUGCAAGGCCAAGGCCUGCCUACACGGGCCCCUCUGCAUGUGGCUCCAAGCUAUCACACACUCAUCCACCCCAAGGGCAACUGGCUCACCAUGCAGAAUCCCUGCAAUAAGUCUGGAAAGUAUCUGAAGAUGGCACGUCAGGGCAGGUGGUGCCUGAGACUGUCAUUCACCCCCACCAGCAUUCCAGUAGGGUUUCUUACAUGGACAGGUCCGGGGAAGUUGGGAAUAUCUGGAAAUUGAUGGGCUAUACACUCACACAGUCUGUCCUUGAGGUUUGCCGUCACCAGGUGGCAGCAGUGCCUCAGUGAUGCACUGACCACCAGCCAUAUACCACAUUUCUGAUUCCUGAAUUCUUUCAUCUUCUUAAGAAUAAAUGCAACUUUACUAAAAA